AUGUGUAACGGCGGUUCAAACGGUGGUGGAAGAGUAGAUUAUGGUGGUUACGGAGGUUCUGUUGACGGCGGCGGUAUUGCUGGUAAUGGCGUUUCUGGAGGAGGUUAUGGUGGCGGCGGAGGCUAUGAUGGCUCCGGAGGAGGCGGAUAUGUUGACGAAAGCAAUGGACUAGAAACUGGUGUUGGAGGCGGCGAUGUAGGUUAUGAUGGUGUAGGAGGUGGUGAUGCCUAUGGCGGUCGUGGAAAUAUUGGCGGUUCUGGUGGAGAGACUGGCAGAAACGAUGGUGGUUACGUUGGGGGAAGACAUGGAGGUAACUUUCAUGACAGUCAGGGAGGAGGAAGCGAUGGCUAUGGAAGACAAGAAGAAGGCGGCAGUGGCAGUGAUAGAAAUAGUAAUUCUGGUAUGGCACAAGGUUGUGGUUGUGAUGGUUAUGGAGGACAAGAAAGUGCCGGUGAAUAUAGAGGACAAGGAGCUGCCGGUGAAUAUGGAGGACAAAAAGGUGCCGGUGAAUAUAGAGGACAAGGAGCUGCCGGUGAAUAUGGAGGACAAGGAGCUGCCGGUGAAUAUGGAGGACAUGGAGCUGCCGGUGAAUAUGGAGGACAUGGAGCUGCCGGUGAAUAUGGAGGACAUGGAGCUGCCGGUGAAUAUGGAGGACAAGGAUCUGCCGGUGAAUAUGGAGGACAAAAAGGUGCCGGUGAAUAUAGAGGACAAGGAGCUGCCGGUGAAUAUGGAGGACAUGGAGCUGCCGGUGAAUAUGGAGGACAUGGAGCUGCCGGUGAAUAUGGAGGACAAGGAGCUGCCGGUGAAUAUGGAGGACAAGGAGCUGCCGGUGAAUCUGGAGGACAAGGAUCUGCCGGUGAAUAUGGAGGACAAAAAGGUGCCGGUGAAUAUAGAGGACAAGGAGCUGCCGGUGAAUAUGGAGGACAAGUAAGAGGAGGCGGUGAUGAUGAAUAUGGAAAUAGAGGAAACGGUAUGUAA